AUGAUGUUUAAGCAUAACUCAUCUGGUGGCUUGGAAGAUUGUAUGUUGCUCGAUUUUCAAAUGAGUAAUGUGUGUCCGCCAUCUGUCGAUAUUCUCUAUUCCGUUUAUUUGCUAAUGGGUCCUGAUGAACGUCGAAAUCAUCACAAGGAACUUAUUAACUUUUACUUCAACACGUUCGUCGAGACUUUAGAAAAAAUUGGCUACAAAGCUGAACUUCCAAAUUAUGUGGACUUUUGGCGACAAUUACAUCGUCAUAAAAUUUUUGAUUUGUUUUAUAUGACACUAUUACCCAUGGGUUUUGCAGGCGAGAGAAACGAUAUCGAUUUAACUGAUAUGAUGACCAAUAAUGAAGUUCGCAAAAAGCUAUUUUUCAUAGAAAAAUUUAUCGAUGAAGUGAAGUAUUUGCUACCCAGAUUCGAAAAACUGGGUUACUUUAAGUGACAUGUAGAAAUGUAGAAUAUUUAAAAUAAUUAUCGAAAUACAUAUGUAUAUUAUAGAUAAAUCACUAUUUUCUUAUCAGAAAACAUGUUUUGCUUAU